UAUGGUCUAGUUAAAAUAUAUUACCCGCGAGUACGUGGGAGUAUCAUAUACUCAAGGAGUAUAACAAUCUGACUCUUGUACAGGGGCGGAUACAUGCUGCUUUAGAGGUGUCCCGGGACACCCCUAAAAUUUGGUAAAACGAUUAUUCAAUUUUCGGUAGUAGUUUCGUAGGAAUAAAAAUAAUACAAUUGAUAAUUCGAGACACUGCUAAAAUUUGAAAAAAACCCGAUUAUCCUACUCUCAGUAGUAUUUACGUAUGAUUUAAAUAUAAGUGAUAAUCAGUGUUGUUCAUACCUGGGACAUUACUAUCAUUAAACAUAUUCUCUAUUAGCUUGCAACUCAUUUGUUGUUCAAUUUUGAACACUAUGUAAUAGUAAAAAUGCUAUUCCUUAUCCCCGACAAUUUUCAAAAUCUAACAAUUAAACUAAUUAUGGGCUACUCUUAAUUUGAAUUGAUUUUAUGGUUGCACUGCAAGUGUUGAAAGAGUCUUUAAUUUCAACUUUGAGUUACAUAAAAAACAAGGUUAGAAAUCGGAUAUGCGAUCAGUUCUUGAAUUAUUGUCUAGUAGGAUAUACAUAUUUGUUGAGCAGUAUAAACACUGAGUUAAUUUUAUAUUCUUUUUCAAAAUAUGAAAAACACGUCGUGGCCUUUUACUAAAAUUUGUACUAGUAAGAUAUGUUAUGAUUAUGAAUUACUUAAUUUUAAUUUAUUUUUUGGACGAGGACACCCCUACAAAAAAUUUCUGGAUCCGCCACUGCUCUUGUAUAUAUAUGAUUUGGUAUUUGGUGCACUUAUUUUUUUGUUGUGUGCCCGCAGGGCCGGCCCAUGAUAUUCGGAGGCUUUGUUCGAAAAUUAAAAUGUGGCCUUUUUUCUCUCAUAAGUUUAUUAAAAAUAAAAAUUAUUAAAUAAAUAAUAAAAUACAUAAGUUUAAAAAAUGAUUACAAAAUAAGUAAUAUUACCUAUAUUUAAAAAAAAUUAACAAUUGUCUAGUAUUAUUUGAAAUAAAAUACUCUAUUAACUCUUCCAUAUUUGCAGCAUCCAAGAAGUUAUUCUCAAUUGCGAACAUCGCUAACCCAUUAAGUCUAUCUUCUGUCAUUGUAAAGCGCAAAUAAGACUUCAACAACUUCAACUUUGAAAAGCUUCUUUGAAAAUCAUCAUCAAAAUUAAUUUGAUCCACCAUAUCAAAAUUUGAAGUUUUAAAACAAUCAACAAAACAAAAACGAAUACUAAUUGCCUGCCAGAUGAUAAUUCCUUCUUACCGUUUACAUAAGAUAUAAAAAAAGAUUCAUUUUUACCAUUGAUGUCCCAUGAAAAGCUUUUCUCAGUGAUUAAGUGUAGGCCCAUCGUUUAGUUGGUGAUAGUAACUUUGUUUGCCAAGCAAUUUUAGCAAAGAAUGAUCUUACCUGAAGGCCCGUUUAAGUUAUAGAUUAAUUAGAGGCUCAUCAUUUAGUUCAAACAACUCACUUUGUUUUCUAACUUCAAGAUUCAAGAGUCAAGAGACACCUUACUUAUUUGUGGGUCUAUUAACAGCCUAGAAAAUACUUCCACCGAGGCCCUCAAUCUUAUGAGGCCCUAUGCUGGUGGGCUUACCAGCACAGGCCCAUGGCCGGGCCUGUGUGCCCGUUAUGCCCCGUCUCAUAAUCGUCAUCUAAGCAAUCGAAUAAGGUAAGAGUAAUGUCCAUCGUCAUCAGUUGUGAUAAGAAGGAUAAUAUUUAUAUGCCUGAGUUUCCACAAGAAUCGUUCCAUAUUACUUUGAUUUGAAGGGUCUGGUGAUCUGCGAUUCUGGGUUUAGGCUUCACAUUUAAAUUUUUAGAAUUUAAAGUAACGCAGAAUUUAAUGGUUAAUAAUGAUAUGGUAUAUCGUAAUCCAUAUAUACAUUAAGUACGUCUUGACUAAUCAAUUAAUUGACAGCACAAAACGUUAAAAUAAGAGAAAGAUGGAGCAGCCAGUCAGUCAGGUCCCUUUGCAAUCUGACCCUUGCCGUAAUCCUUCCAUUAUUCCAAAUGAAUCUUUUAUGUGUAUUAACGUAUAUGGUUGGCAUUAUUAUGCAAUCAUAUAUUUUCCACACAACGCAAGAAAUAAUGCCUACAAAAUUAUAAAGUCUUGGCUAAAGACCAGACAUUGAAAUGAAUAUGCAUAUGGCUGCGUUACCACAUGUACCCAUUCUACUACUCGUAUCAACAUAAAUCGAUGAAGACCAGCGGCGGAUCCAGAACACAGAAGAGCACUGGGCCGCAUUUCAUUAGAAAAUUAGAACCGUAAAAAAAAUAAUGAUUAUAGUUUUUUGCAAUGUAAAUUGUACACAACUAUAUUUUAAUUUAGAGAAUGCAUCAAUAAUGAAGUCUAAAUCCAUACCAAUAGUAUACACUGUUUCAAAUAAAAUACUUGAGCAAUCGGCAGGAAAUUCAUCGCUCAUUUUGUUGAGCAAAUCAGUUCUCACAUGUUUCAUUGUUAAAAUGGUUCUCUUCGUAGUAGCUGUUGAAACGAGCAGCAUCAACACUAGAUAAAUUAAUCGACUAAUCAAUUUACAUUGUGUGUCCAUCCCUGCACACCAAGUGCUUUAGUAAAUUUGUAAGGGAACAAACCUCACAUUUCUUUUAGUCUUUUACGUUUUUAACUUUUUAUAAUUUUAGGUUUCAUUGUUUUUUUAAGACGCAUAAUCUUUGGGGCUAAAAUUUAUAGGCUAAAUUUAGAAUAGUGAUUUGAAUAUGUUCAACUUGAUAAUUUUUCUAGUUAAACCCAAUCUUAUCAUAAAUAACACUGGAUUGAAUGUCUAAAAUCAAAAUUUUCAUAAGGACUAUAGUAACUACGGAUCCAGAGAAGGGCUGGGCCGGGGGCUGGGGUGGCCACCCCCUGGAUCCGCCAGUGAUGAAGACUUGACCUCGUAAUUAAAAGACAAUACCACCAACCACAACUUACGAUUUAUUGUGAAUUUUUGUGGUGAUUCUCAACUGCUAGUGAGACGCGUAUCAGCCGAUGAUGUGGAGCACAACCCAGGAGGAAUUCUCUUGAAAGAAAUCGGGUUGUUGUCUACAAAUUUUUACUCUUUCCUUCCAUAUUUUACGCUUCCGUGUUUCUUCAGGUUUAUCCAUCUUCAUACACAAAAAGCCUAUUCGUCGAUUGUUCGAUUAUUUAUCAAUUACCGCGUCUAGUUAUUCAGUUUUGUCAUUAGUAUUCCUGUUGGUUAAUUUUAGCCUGUACGUCAAGAUCACGUCACGUCGGAUUGCCCUGCUGACGUUCAUCACAAUUGCAGGCUUUUUCCCCAACUGGAUUCGUAACUGUCCAACAUAUUCUGUUGGGCCGGGUAUUCUAAACAUUCAGGCCCAAAAUAUGAACGAACAAUUCCCUCCGCUUGCGACCCAAAAUGGAAAAUCUCCUCCACAGAAAAGAGUUCCUGGACUGGAAUCGAUCAAAAGAAAAAAAAAAAUAUAGACGAAGGCAGAGAGAGAGCAAAAGACGAAAGGAAGUAAGAAGCUUAUCCAAUGGCAGCUCUACCAGCUCCGCCGUCUCUGCAACUCUCCACCACCUCAACAGCAUCAACUCUCUUCCCAUCUCCGCGCGUAUCCUUCCCCUCCAAACACCGGCGACAGGCCUCCCCCUUCCGCGCCACCGCCGACGAGAACUCCGAAUCCUCAACGGAACCCGAAUCCGCUCCUCCGAGCUCGGACUCCUCAUCGGACCCCUUCGAUUCCCGCAUCUCCAACUUCCGCGUCCGCUACAGAGCCGGAACGGGGAAGAAAGCGGAGAUGCGCAAGGCCAGAAAGCAGGCAGCCUCGAGCUCCUCCUCCUCCGGAGCCAGCCUCUACCUUCCUCCGGUCCCGCUGAAGCAGCCGGUUUCCGGUGGCUUGAAAGUGGAAUUCGGAUUCACGCCGUACAGCGAGAGGCUGAACGGCCGGAUCGCGGCUCUGGGGCUGGCGGCUCUGCUGCUGGUGGAGCUGGCGACCGGGAAGAGCGUGCUCAACUACCACACCCCGUCGAUCGUCCUGAUCCAGAUCUACUUCGUGGCUGCGGUGUCGGCGGUGUACAUGAAGUACGAGAAGGAGAAGAUCAGCGUCUGGCCGGAGUCGUCUUCGUCGUCUCCGGCAAAAGAAUAGCGAGCCAAACAGAGCAAUGUGGACCUUGAAUAGAGCGGUGAUCGGAUU